AACGUUCUGCUGUCUGCUUCCAGUCGUAUCGAAGUAGCAGCGUUUAAAUCGUUUCAGUUCGCAUCGGGAAAUAAACGCGCCAAAAACAACUAAUUCAUUCACUCGCAGAACAGAACAAUUAAAAAGAAAUCUAUCAAAAUAAAUACUUGAGAAUUAUAUAUUAGAUUCUGAUAUCAAGUGUUUACAGAUAUUUUUUUGGUGCGUGUUUCUGUAACACUGUUUGUGUGCGUAUUUAAUUAAUUGAAACACUUUGCUUAUCGCAGCUCCAAACAACUCAACUUCAGUUAAAGUUAAAAAAAAUACAAAAACAAAUACCAUUCCUUUUUAAUAUUUUGACGAUUUGUGUUCGUGUAUAAAUUCAGUGCAGCUACUAGGAAUUAUUUUAAAUUAAAGUAUGGACUCACCAACACCGCCAAUUGUUAUUGAAGAUCCCAACGGUUCAGCAAUGGAUGCCUGUUUUACCGCGUUCGAUAAAGAUGGUGAUGACCGUCUUAAUUUAUCUGAAUUUUCUUUAAUCUGUCGAGCUUUAUUCCGCAAUGACCGUGGUCAUAUUUAUGAUGUACCUGAAGAUCGUUUAGAGCAAAUUUUUUCAGUAUUUGAUACAGAUGAAGAUGGUUAUAUAGACAGAGAAGAAUUUAAGUUUUGUUGGAAUCAAUGGAUUAAAACGAUUGUACGCCCGGUGAACGCGUUCCUCAUUGUUGAUGUACAAAAUGACUUUAUAAGUGGUUCCUUGGAUAUAAGUAAUUGCAGUGCACAACAAAAAGGACAUGAGAUAUUAGAACCCAUUAACAAUCUCUUGGAUACUGUUGAUUUCGAUGCAGUUUUCUAUUCACUGGACUGGCAUCCAAGUGAUCAUGUAUCUUUUAUUGAUAAUGUUAAAAUGAGACCCUUAGAUGAAAAUUCACCCGUUGAUGCCGAUUCGGCACAAGUGUUCGAUACGGUUAUAUUUGCAGGGCCACCACCCAUGAAACAGCGUCUCUGGCCACGUCACUGCGUUCAGGAUUCCUGGGGCGCUGAACUACACAAGGAUUUGAAAGUGGUCGACAGUGGUGUUAAGGUGUAUAAGGGUACCAAUCCCGAGGUGGAUUCCUAUUCAGUAUUUUGGGAUAAUAAAAAACUCUCCGACACUACACUCAAUGCCCAGUUGAAGAUGAAAGGUACCACCGAUAUUUAUGUCUGUGGCCUGGCUUAUGAUGUUUGUGUGGGAGCUACUGCCGUAGAUGCUUUAUCGGUUGGUUAUCGUACCAUCUUAAUUGAUGACUGUUGCCGGGGUACAGAUUUUCAUGAUAUUGAACAUACCAAGGAGAAGGUGAUAAGCAAUCAUGGUGUAGUAGUUCAUUCUAAUGAGGUCAAAGCCAUGGCUGAGGGUAGAGAUCGCCGCCCUGAAUUAGGCUACAAAUUGGCUAUGGAAUUAAAAAAUCCCGAUUCUGUUUUAUCUCAACGCAAUAAUGGUAUUCGUUCGGUAGAAUAAAUAACUGGUUUAUUUAUGUUCGAAUAAAACAUUAAAACUCUGUACUUCAUUUAAAUCUCUCUAAAAGACCUUGAUGCUUGCCUUUAUGCCUCCCUUUAAACCUUAUGAUAAUUAUUUACUUAAUAACAGUACUUAUUUUUAGUUUCUUAAUUAAUUAAUAAUUAAUAAUAAAACUAUGUAGUACCUUACAUAAUAAUAUUUAUAUCAAUAUUCUAUAUCAUUUAGCUUUUAAAAAAAUAUCAACUUCAUUAUCUCAACAAUAUUUAUUGUUAUAGUUGUAAUUCGUUGCAAGAAAAAAACGAAACACCCAUUUAAGUAGAUUCACAGUUCUUCAAUUUACGCUUAAGAGACUUAAUUCAAUUCAAUUUAAAUUAAUUGUAUUUAUUGGCUUAAUUACUUUAUUGUACUCGUUAAGGCAUUUGAUAUGCACUUGGCCAAUUAUAUGUUUAAGUUUAUUUAAUAAAAAAUAACAAAUUAGUUUAACAAUUAGAAUUUGAAAUAAAAGACAUACAUCUAAUAA